ACUAAUAGGCGAGUACUCUUUUAAGCCGCCUCUCGCUCUCUUCUCUAAAACCUCUAAUGAACACAAACCCCUAGUUCACAAAAACCAGAAAGACACCUGCCGAGUUUCUAGACGCCACCAAAAUGAGCGGCUCCUUAAUGAGAAACUCCACCAUCCCCCGCCUGCUACGCAUCCACACCAUCACAGACCCAGCAUUAGCGACAACAACAACAACAACAGUUCAUUCGAUUCUCAGACAACAAUAUCAGACAAGAAGAGCUUCCUUUGAUUUCUCAAAUUUUUUUAAGAGAUCAAGAGAAUGCAAUGAGUUCUCUCCUUCUUCUCUUUUGACCUCUUCUUUCUCUUCAAAGGCUGGAACCUCUGAGUUUUCCAAAUUUGGGUUUGUUGGCUGGUACCUCGGGAUGGUUAAGUCACGACCUGUUUUGACUAAAAGUGCCACUUCUUCUCUUAUUUACAUUGCUGCUGACUUGUCGUCUCAGACAAUGUCACUGCCAAGUUCAGAAGCUUAUGAUCUGGUGAGGAUAUUGCGCAUGGCUGGAUAUGGGUUCCUGAUAUUAGGACCAUCAUUGCAUUUUUGGUUCAACUUCGUGUCGAAGCUCUUUCCUAAACGAGAUCUAAUCACAACAUUUAAGAAAAUUAUCAUGGGUCAGACCAUCUAUGGACCUAUCAUGACUGUUGUUUUCUUCUCAUCGAAUGCAUGCUUACAGGGUGAGAACAGUGCCGAGAUUAUUGCCCGGUUGAAGCGAGAUUUAUUGCCUACAAUGAUAAACGGUGUUAUGUACUGGCCUGUAUGUGAUUUUGUCACGUUCAAAUUCAUUCCCGUCCAUUUACAGCCCCUGGUGAGCAACUCUUUUUCAUACCUAUGGACUGUCUACAUGACAUAUAUGGCAAGUCUAGAUAAAGCAGGCUCUUCCAGCUGAUGGACUCAAUACUUGCCUUCUCAUUUCACCAUCAUUAUGUCUUUCAACUACACAGCCCUGCACUGGAGGUUGCAUGCAUAAUCAUUGAAACGAAAUUGGGACAAUUGAGGAAAUCGUCAGUUAGAUCUCUGAUACAAUAGAGAAUAGCAAGUAGCAACCAUCAUGUUUGAUGGUCUUCUCAUGAUUGUUUUGAGAUAAUUUACCAGAAAUGUAAAGUAGAACUAAAGUGUUUUGUAAAGCAAUGGCGUAAUGUCAUUGGAAACAUCUCUUCGAAACAUUGCUCACUGGAAUUACAUUUAAUUUGUAUCAAACUCCAAUUUAAAAUGCUGACCAUGGAAAAAUGUUACCCAUUUUUGGGGAAAUUGGUAAUACAGAAGAAUGAGCAAGUAGGAUUUCAGA